AUGAUAAUAAGUUCAUUUAAUAUAUUAGCUGGAUCAGUUUAUGCUUAUAUGCAGUUUUUUCCUGUAAAUGAAUAUAUUAUAUAUUUUGGGAUGUUUGGUUGGUUAUUUACUAAUGGAUUUAAACCUAUAAUUUAUUUGUUGUUAAAUAAAAGAAUUCAAAAUGAUGUUUUAAAAAUGUUUUGUUUCGUUAGUUUUUAA